GUGCAAGAGAGGUUAGUGCCCUCUUGGCUGGCCCUCGCGGACGGAGGUUGUCGGCAGCCGUGCCGCUUUGGCUGUGGGACGUGCGUGCCGCUGGAGAACUCCAGUGAGGAAGAUGAUGACCUUCAAUAUGUGGAUCAUGACUAUGAAGUACCACAGCAAAAAGGUUUGAAGAAGAUAUGUAACAGAGUGAAAUGGACACGUGAUGAGGAUGAAAGGCUAAAGAAGCUGGUGGAACAAUAUGGUACAGAUGAUUGGGCUUUCAUUGCUAGUCAUCUACAAAAUCGCUCAGAUUUUCAGUGCCAACAUCGAUGGCAGAAAGUACUAAACCCGGAAUUGAUUAAAGGUCCUUGGACUAAAGAAGAAGAUCAGAGGGUUAUUGAAUUAGUUCAGAAGUAUGGUCCAAAGCGCUGGUCUCUAAUUGCAAAACAUCUGAAAGGAAGAAUAGGCAAGCAAUGCAGAGAGAGAUGGCAUAACCAUCUCAAUCCUGAGGUUAAAAAGUCUUCGUGGACAGAAGAGGAGGACAGGAUAAUCUAUGAAGCUCACAAGCGUUUGGGAAACCGAUGGGCUGAAAUAGCGAAACUUCUUCCUGGAAGGACUGAUAAUUCAAUUAAAAAUCACUGGAAUUCAACAAUGCGAAGAAAGGUGGAACAGGAAGGAUAUUUGCAAGAUGGUAUAAAGUCUGAAAGAGCUAGUUCAUCCAAACUUCAGCCCCAACCUUGUCUGACUAUGGAACACUUGCACACUCAGAAUCAAUUUUACAUACCUGUUCAGACACAUAUUCCAGCAUACCAGUAUGCCUCACCAGAAGGCAACUGUCUAGAACAUGCUUCAGCUUCUUCCAACUUAGUUCAGCAGUCAUUUAUUGAUGAUGAUCCUGAUAAAGAAAAGAAAAUAAAGGAACUUGAAUUGCUACUUAUGUCAGCAGAGAAUGAAAUCCGAAGAAAACGAGUAUCUUCUCAAGCUGGAAACUUACCUUGUUGGCCUGGAAGUUUUGUCACAGAAGAUUGUGUGUCUAAUACACUAAAUAGCCUUGGGGAACAAACAAGUGAGUUCUACAGCACAGAUGAGACCCACGGCACAUCUGUUCAACAGAGUUCACCACCUAAGUAUUUGGCGGUGGAAGCAAAUACAAUGUUAUCAUCUCUACAAACCAUUCCAGAGUUUGCAGAGACACUAGAGCUUAUUGAAUCUGAUCCUGUAGCAUGGAGUGAUGUCACCAGUUUUGAGCUUUCAGAGGCUGUUGCAUCUCCUGUCAAGCCAGCUCCAGUAAAAUUAAUGCGGAUUCAACACAAUGAAGGGGCUGCUGAGUGCCAGUAUGAUGUCAGCCUCGUGCUUGAUGGCAAAAAACACAGUAGCAUGAGUGGAGAGGAAGAAGCAGUUUUCCCAACAACCCCAAACUUAACUAAAUUCAGCACUCCACCUACUAUCCUAAGAAAGAAAAAGAGAUUGCGCGUUGGGCAAUCACCAGUUAACGAACUGAAUGAUGGCUUGUGUAAUGAUGCCAUCAAUGUUGCACUGAAGCAUACACCAGUGAAAACACUACCAUUUUCUCCAUCACAGUUUUUCAACACUUGCUCUGGAAGUGAACAAUUUAACCUUGAAAAUCCUGCAUUUACAUCGACUCCAAUCUGUGGGCAGAAAGUUCUUAUUACAACUCCUCUGCACAAGGAAAUGACACCAAAAGAUCAAAAGGAAAAUGUGGGUUUUAGAACUCCGACAAUUAGAAGAUCUCUUUUGGGUUCAACUCCAAGGACACCAACUCCUUUUAAAAAUGCUUUGGCUGCUCAGGAAAAAAAGUAUGGUCCCCUCAAACUUACGUCACAACCACUUGCCUUCUUGGAGGAAGACAUUAGGGAAGUUUUGAAAGAGGAAACUGGAACAGAUAUAUUUCUCAAGGAGGAAGAUGACACUGUGUAUAAAAGCUGCAAGCAGGAGUACAACUCUUCUAAAAAAGUCAGAAAAUCACUGGUCCUAGAUGCAUGGGAAAAAGAAGAGGUUGGUGCCCAGCUCUUCACAGAAGAUAGUAGUUCGGAUGUACAGUCAGAAAAUGCAUAUACUACAUCUUUAUUAAUGAUACCAUUGUUGGAAAUACAUGACAACAGAUGUAACCUGACAUCAGAAAAACAGGAUACAAAUCCAGCAAACAAAGCAAAUGCAGUAAUUAAGAAGAAACUGAAUGCAUGCCCUUCAAAAAAUGUCAAAAUGGAGAAAGCUCUUCAGUCAAAUUGUGAAUGGGAAGCAGUUGUUUACGGAAAAACCGAAGACCAGCUUAUCAUGACUGAACAAGCAAGAAGAUAUCUAAGCACAUACACAGCUACCAACAGCACUUCAAGGGCUCUGAUACUGUGAUGGUCACUGCAGCUGACAGCCAUCUCUUUCCAUUGAAUCUGGCACAGUGUUGAAGGUGAUUCCAGCACAAUACUUGUGAAUUAGUCUUUACUUUGAGACAGUCUGCCAAGGGAAACCUUAAAGCUACCUUAAAGCUUCCUUUCUUCUUUUGACUGACAAAGAACAGACAUUAAGCUCUCGUAUUGUCUACAAAGGGAUAGUACAAACAGUUCUGCAAUGAAUUUAUUGAAUAUUAAAAAAAAAAUUAACACCCUAAAAUAUGAUAAAGAAUGGUAAAAUACAUUGCAGUACUGACAACAUACAGUUUUUAGGUCUAUUUUUCAUAUUUAUUCUUUUGACUUGCAU